AAGUAAUUAUAUCCCACAAUACAUCACUUCAGUUCGUCGGUAGACUAUAGUCACGUGGUCUUUUCCGUGUCAUGUCGAGUUUUGAGAAGGUGAUAAUUAUUGAUGGUAGAGGGCACCUUCUAGGUCGCCUGGCUACCAUCGUUGCCAAGAACAUCCUUCAAGGUCAAAGGGUUGUAGUGGUGAGAUGUGAAGGUAUCAACAUAUCUGGAAGCUUUUACAGAAACAAACUGAAGUAUCUAGAUUUUUUGCGCAAACGAUGCAACACCAAGCCUUCUCGUGGUCCAUACCAUCUUCGAGCUCCAAGUAAAAUGUUCUGGAGGGUUGUCAGAGGAAUGCUUCCACAUAAGCUUACCCGUGGAAAGGAAGCUCUUGAAAAAUUGAAGGUGUUUGAAGGAAUUCCACCACCAUAUGACAAGAAGAAGCGAAUGGUAGUACCUGCCGCUCUCAAAGUCCUCAAACUUAAGCCGAACAGGAAGUUUUGUGAUCUUGGACGUCUUGGCCAUGAAGUUGGAUGGAAAUACAAGGAUGUUGUAGAAACGCUAGAGAUAAAACGAAAAGCAAGAUCUCAGAUCCGCUAUGAAAAGAAAAAAAAGCUACAGAGCAUUCGAAAACAAGCUGCAGAGAAUGUGAAGAAUGAGAUCGCAGAACAGCAGAAAUUCAUUGAAUCUUGUGGCUACUAUUAAUAUUUAAAAACAGAAAGGAGAAAUAAUAGAUUUUAAAUCUGAAGCAAGGCUCUUUAAAUCUGGCUCAGUUCAUGGACACAAAAACAAGUGAUUAAAAACAGUGACUGUCACAUAUCUUUGUACAAUAAACCUAUGUUGCAGGUUAAAAUACUGAUGUUUGUUUCUUGAAUUCUUUAUUCUAAGCAUGUAAGGUUAAUUAAAAUUUGUGCCAAUUUAACACUGGGGUCGCACUCAAACUUGGCUUCGGCUGAGAAUUUUGUUUUAUACCUCGAUUAGUGAACCUGCUGCACACCAAUAAUAAUAAUUUUGAAUAAAAAUAAAAUUCAAUUUUGGCCACUACAAAAA